AUGUCAACUAGUCCUUCUCAAAGAAACAAUUCACCAGAAAUAACUACUACAAUGACAAGUAAUGUUAAUGACGAUGAUGCACAACAAUUUCAACAGAUAAUACGUGACCGAAAAUACGAACGUGAAGAUAUCCAAAAGAAAGCAUUCACUAAAUGGAUUAAUAAUCAAUUAGCAAAUACAAGCUCAACGCUAGCUAUUACAGAUUUAUUUCAAGAUUUACGUGAUGGUGUCGUCCUACUUCGAUUAUUGGAAGUACUUACUGGGAAUGAAUAUAAAAGAGAAAAUGGUAAAAUGCGUGUACAUCAUAUUGGAAAUGUUAAUAAAGUUAUUGCUGUACUUAAUGAACAUGGAAUUAAACUUCUUAGUAUAUCGUCCAAUGAUAUUGUUGAUGGUAAUCCAAAAUUAACACUUGCAUUAAUAUGGUCAAUUAUUCAAUAUUGGCAAGGCAAAGAUGUUAUUGAAUCUGCUGCACCUGAUUCACGACAGACUAAUAUUGAAAAAUUCCUUCUUUCAUGGUGUCAACAACAAACAAAAGGAUAUAAAGGUGUAGAAAUUAAUGAUUUUACACGUAGUUGGCAAGAUGGUCUUGCUUUUAAUGCAUUAAUUCAUAAAUUUCGUCCAGAUUUAUUUGAUUAUGAUGAUCUUUUACAAAAUGCAUCGGCUAGAAAUCUUGAACAUGCAUUUAGUGUAGCAAAAAAUGUUUUCAAAAUUGACCGAUAUCUUGAUGUUGAAGAUGUUCUCUCUGAUUAUCCGGAUAGAAAAUCUAUUUUAAUGUAUGUAAUGUGCCUCUUUCAACAAUUACCAUCAAGUAAUAUUGUUAUCGAAGAUAAAGAGAAAAGUGAACCAUCGACGACGACGAUCACAAGUGAUGAUACGACGGAGAUUAAGUCUCUACCAGAACAUGAUGUGACUCAAUUGAAAAAUUUUAAAACAAAUAUUGAAAAAAUACUUCAAUGGAUUCUUCAACUAGAAGAUGAACUUAAUAAACAAGAUAAAACUGUAUCAAAUGAGUUAAAAACUAUUAAAGAACAAUUUCAAAAUCAUGAAGAAUUUAUGAUUAGUUUAACAAAAGAUCAAAAUCAAAUCGGUGAUAUACUUCAUGAUGGAAAUCAACUCUUAAGAUCAUAUAAAAUGACUUUACCACCAGGAGAAGAAAAUGAAAUAAAAGAACAAAUGAAAACUCUUAAUCAUCGUUGGGAAUUAUUACGUUCAAAAUCACUCGAUAGACAAUCCAUUCUUCAUAAAACCUUAAUGAAACUUCAAAUUGAUCAAAUUGAUACAUUUGAUGCUUGGUUAUCUCAAACCGAACAACGUAUAUCAAGAGAUUUAGAUAUAAUGGAAGCAAAUUUAUCGGGUAUUGAUCGACAAUAUCAACAGUUAGCUCAACUACAAGAUGAACUUGUUGGUCAACAAGCUACAACUGAAUCAUUACAAAAUAUGAUUAUUGUUGUUGACGAUUCAUCAUCAAACGAUGAAGAUCAAACAUUUCCAUAUACAUCAACAGAAAUCGAAGGAAAAUUAUUAAAUUUAAGUGAACGUUGGGCACAUAUAUGUAAUUUUGUACAUACUCGUUGGAUACAAUUACAAGAAGUUAAAAUUGAAUUUGAACAAAUUGAAUUAAAUCAUGAUAAAGUUGAUAAAUGGUUAAAAGAUAAAGAAGAUGAAAUAAAUAAAAUGAAAUCAGAAACAAAUAUUAGUAAUACUGAUAUACUUAUGCAACAAGUUCAUUCUAUUCAGAAAACUGAAUCAGAAAUGAAUGGUAUACGUCAAUCAAUUCUUUCAUUAGACAAUAGUUUAAAAAUUCUUAGUGCAUUUUAUGAUAGUACAACAUCAAAUGAAUUAAAAACUUUAAAUGAAAAAAUAAAUAAUUUUGAAAAACGUUGGGCACAACUUAUUGAUGACCUUGAACAAUGUUCGACAAGAUUAAAAAAAUUGAGUUCAAAUUUUGAAAAAAAUACUCAAACAAAUAUUAAACCAACUGAUGAUAGUACACAGAAAACUACAACAACAACAACAACAGUUGUCGAAGAAACAACAACGACAACAACAAAUGCUGAAAAUCCAGAUGAUUCAAUAAAUAAAAAACGAAAAAUAAAUCGAGAAAAUACCAUGAAAUCAGAUUUUGAUUUAUCAGCAAGAAAAUAUAUUGAUUGGAUUGAUAAUAUUGAAAGAAUAUUAGCUGAAAAACCAUCAAAACAAUUACAAUCGAAUGAACGUGAACUUAUUAUUCAAGAAGUUAAAACAAAAUAUCUAUCAUAUGAUGAUCAAUUUAAAGUUCUUAUUCAAACGGGAAAUAUAAUAACAAAACAACUGAAAGAUGCAAAUGAAGAUUCAAGUGAACAUGAAACAACAUUAAAUAUAUUAGAAAAUCGAUGGCAAGAACUUCAUCAACAAAUCCUUAAAUGUGAACAAGAUAUUGAACAAUCAAAAUUUAAUGAUGAAAUUCAAACAUUAACUAAAAUACGUAAUGAAUAUCAAACAUGGAUUGAUUCAACACCAGAAUCUAGUUCAAAUACUGAAUAUCAGGCAAAAUUAACAAGUUUUCAAACAUAUAACGAACGUCUUGCUCAUUUAAAGCGUAUGGCUGAUCGUUUUGAUACGAAUACUUUUCAACGUACGAAUGAUUUGUUACGUUCAUGGGAUGACACACAUUCUCGACUACGUGAGCGAACUAUUCCUGUCGAACAUAUGCAACAGCAGACAUCAGGAAUAACUUCUAGUUCAACUGCAACAUCGUUUCGUCAAACAGGUACUACAUCAAUUCCAGUAAGUCCUAUUCGAUCAGAAAUAAAUGAACAAUCAUCAUCAACAGCAACAACGACAACAACAAAUCUAGGUCCAUCCAUUGGUGAAAAUGGUAGUGUUUUUACUUUAACAAAUAUUUACACAUUUGGUGGUAAUGAUGGAUCUUAUAAUAAUGGUUCCUCUGAUGUACAACCAGAUAAAUAUCGUGUAAAAUCAUUUGUUGAAGUAUUUGAUCAGCCUUCAUCACAACAAGAUAGCGAAUACGAACGACGUUAUCGUGAAAGUCACUCAUCGUCUGUUACACGAAAAAUACGUACUAGUGCUACUGAUACAUAUGAUUAUGGUCAAAAUGGAGGUCACGAAUCAUCACUUUAUCAACAUAAUUAUGAAACAACAAGUCCAUCAUCAAUAAGAUGUGUUCAAGACACAAGUUAUUCGUCAAUAUUACCAACAAUAUUUACUGAUACUCAACGUAAAUUACGUAUAUGGCUUGAAUAUGUUGAACCACAAUUAGUACAUGAUAAAGCUCGUGUUAUUAAUAUUCAUGCAAUUCAUAUGAAAAAAAAAGUUUAUAAAGAUUUACUUGAUCAAACAUUUGAACAAGAACAUCAUUUAGAAUCAUUAAAUAAAAUCGCUAAUGAAUAUUAUUCUAAAUUAACUAUUGAUGUUUCUCGACGUUUAGAAGAAGAAUUAAUUAAUUAUCGUGAUCGUUUAAAUGAUAUUAAAAUGUUUUUAAGUGAUCGUUUAACAAAGUCUACUAAUCUUGAUAAAACAUUAAAUGAUUUUGAAAGUGGAAUCGAAGAAGUUAGAGUUUGGAUACGUAAUGCUCAGACACGUUUAGUGAGUGACACAACUUCGUAUGGAUUAGAAAAUCAAAUGGAUAGAAGUCAAACUCUUCAACAUGAAAUACGUGACAUGCAAACAAUUAUUAAUGGUUUAAAUAGAGAUAUUAUUGAGUUAACACGAGAUGCUGAUGAAAAUUUAGCAAGACGUUUAAGAGAAGAAAUACGACAAUUAAAUGAAAGUUGGAGUCAUUUUAUUAGUUCAACUAAAACUUAUUCACAAAAUAUACAGGAUGCUUUAAAACGUACGAAAUUAAUACAAGAAGAUAUUCGUGAAUUAGAAGAUUGGAUUAUGGAUAGAGAACGUGAAACAUUACUUGAUGAUACAUCAAUAUUUUAUCAUGAACAAAUACGUGAACGACUUGAACAGUACCAAAGACUUCAAACGGAACUUACUCUUAAAGAGUUUACUGUGCGAACUUUAAUUGAACAAUCCUCACCUGAAUUAGCACAACAAAUCGAUACAGUUAUUUCAAAUUGGUCGAAUUUACAAAAACGAGUUGAUAAUAAAGUUGUAUUUUAUACAGAUCUUUAUAAAUUAUAUGAAGAACUUAAAGAUUUACUUUAUCAUGAAAAUAUUUGGCUUGAUACAUUACAAAAUCGAAUCUAUACAACAGGAAAUACUAAUGUUGAUCUCGAAGAUGCAUCUGAAGAACUUGAUAGUCUCGAACGUUUUCUUAAAACUCAUUCAACAGUUAGUUAUGAGAAAAUUUUUGAAAUAUCAGAUCGUCUUCAAAUAAUGAAAGUAUCAAUACCAACAAUAAAUAGUCAAAUAAAUCAAUUUCGUAUUCGUUGGGAUCAAUUACAUGAAGAUGUUACAAAAAAAAUUCAUGCACUUAAUUCUCAAAUAUCUGAUUAUCAACAAUUAAGACAUCAAAUAACAGCUAUGUUUGAAUGGAUGAAUCAUACAGAUGCAAUACUUAAUUCAAGAUUAAAAGAUGCUGUUUAUGCUAGUGAUGUACCGAGUGAAGCUGAUAAAUUAACUGUUGAAUUUAAUCAAUAUGAAGCAUUUUUACGUACUAUUGAAGAUAAAAUUCAUUCAUUACGUAUCAUAGGAAAACAUGAUGCUGCUAAACGACUUGAACAACAAUUUAUUUCAUUAAAAAAUCAAUUUAUUCAAUUAAAAAGUAAAUUUCGACAAUUUCAAAAACCAUCUGAUUUUGAACCAAAAUAUGCUAAAAUGCGACAAAUUUUAUAUGAUGUUGAACAAAAUAUGUAUACACUUGAAAUACGUUCUGAUGAUCCAGAUGUAAUUCAUAAUCAAUUAGAACAUUGUUUAAAACUUUAUAAAACUUUAUCUGAUAUUAAAUCUGAUGUUGAAUAUGUGAUUCGUAUUGGACGUAGUAUUGUUGAAAAAGGACAAACAGAUGAAUCAAAUGAAUUGAUAAGACAAAUGGAACAAUUAAAAACAACUUAUAAUACUCUUGGAGCUAAAGUAUCAACAUCAAGAAAUCAAUUAGAUAAUGUUGAACGUCAUUUACGAAAAUUUCGUAAAGAAUAUUCUCAUAUUCAUGAAUGGUUUGUUAAAGCUGAUCAUGAAAUACGUAAAAUAGAAAAUAAACAAGUAUCAAAAAAUACUAAAGAAGAAAUUGAUUGGAUACGAACAACACGAAAUGAUAUAAGAAAACUUGAAGCUAAUUUUGAAGUAUUAAGAAAUUUAGAACGUACAAUACAAAAAGAUGCUGAAAGAUUAAUACCUAGUCUUCAUGAAAAAAUAAGUGAAUUAAAACGACAAAUUGACCAAUUGGAUAGAAGACUUAAAGAUCGUUCCGAUAUUGUCGAGGACAGAAUGAGGAGUGGCGUCAUACGUUCGACGUCAUCACAUUCUGAACCAUCACGUCGUUAUCAUAAUUUACUUUAUAUUCCAUUUGAAUCUGGAUAUGAUUCAUCAUCAGGUAUAUCGGCAUCAUCAUCAACAACUCUCUCUCCUGUUGAAUAUAUUAUAUAUCCUAUUGGUUUACGUAAGGGUCAAGUACGAAGAUUAGAAGAUGAUUAUCAACGAUUUACUCAAAUAUAUAAAGAAAUAAUAAUACGUUUGGAAAAAUUAGAUUCACUUUUAUCGGAUGCCGAACGUGUUCUUGAUUUAACAAGAAUAUCACAAGUACAAGAAGAAUUACGUAGUGUACGAACUCAACUUGAUGAAAUACUUAAUCUUGGUCAAGAUCUUGUAUCAAAAAGUGAAACAUAUAGCAAACUUGUUGGUCCUGAUAUUGAAAAUAUAACACGAAAUUUUGAAGAAUUACAACGUCGUAUUCGUGUCAUACAGGAAAAACAGGAUAAACGUAUACGAGAACAACAACAACAACAACAACAACAAACAACAACAACAACAACAACAUCAAAUAAUAUUCAAGAUGAUCAACGUGAUGAUGUUCGUCGUGAAUAUUAUUCUGAAAAACGUUAUAAUCGUACUGAACGUGAAGCACGUCGUCGUUCACCAUCAGAAUCAUCAGAUAUAAGUACGACACAUGGUGUUAUUGAUGAAGAAUUUAAGAAAAAAUAUUUACGUUGUUUGGCUUAUAUGAAAUUAAUUGAACGUUUAUAUGAUAAUCAACACGAUACUGAUGAUGAUACUGAAAUUAAACAUCGGAGAUUAUCUAGACGAGAACGAACUGUUCGUGAUCGACCAGAAUAUGAAGAAAUUGAAAGAAUUAUACGUGAAACAGAAGAACGAGCUUAUAUUAUUGAAAAGACUGAUGUUGAACAAGCACGUCGUAUAAGAGAAAAAAUUCGUCGACUUAAAGAUUGUUUAGAAAAUCUUAAAACUCGUUCUGAACAAUAUCAAGGACAAGAUGAAGUUUUUCGAUAUAAUGAACGAUAUGAAGAACAUGUUCGUACAACAACUGGAGCAACAGCAGUAAAAGAACGGGAAAUGGAUUCCGAUUUUAUUUAUGAUAUUGAUGAUACACGUUCAGUAAUAAGUGAACCCGCACCGCAAUAUGGAAAAUAUCGUAAAACAGUUCAUUCACUUGAACGUUAUAGAACUGAUGAUCAUGCACGUUGUAUUCCAACAUAUGAAGAAUAUCAAUUACAACCAUUAUUACGUGUACGUAGUUUGAAAGCCAUUGAUCAUCGUACAUUAAGUGCACCAUCAUCACCAAUCUUACAACCACGUUAUCGUUCGUAUGAACGUUCUAAUGUUCAAUUUACAAAACAAGCGAAAUCUCAACAAGGUUAUCAAGAUAAUUACCAAAGUUCAAUAUCGAAAUCAGCAAGUAUGCCAAAUGGUGGUUUUCCAAUGCAUCAAUGUCUCUUACCUCAUCCACCACCGCCACCAGCACAUUUUUGUUGUCAUCAACAACCUAUGACAUAUCGUGAACGUGUUAUUGAUAGACAUGUUGCUGAAAGAAGUACAUCACGUGGUGAAUCUCGUCGUCAACAACAUCAAGAAUCAAGUGCUCAAAUGCAACAACAACAACAACAACAACAACAACAGCAACAACAAGUACGUUCAGCUAGUGCAAGUGGACAUACUCAAACAUUUAAUCGAUCAAUACCUGUUCAAUAUCAAUCGUCAAAUGCAAAUGCAACUACUGCUUCAUCAGGUGGUUUUCGAACAACAAAUACAUAUUCGCAAGAACAACAUCCAACUAUUUUUUAUCAUGAACAGCAAAGUGGUGGUGGUGGUGGUGGUGGUGGUGGUUGUAGUAGUUAUCGUCAACAAAUUAAUGAUCAACAGACAUAUCCACCACAGAAUGUUGGUCGUCAUCCAACACGUAUUGUCAACUAA